AUGUUUGUUCCCAUAAAGAUACAAACUAACUUUAUAUUCAACAAACAGAAAAAUGAGUGUUGGGAGAAGCUUGCGUGGGAAUAUAAUUCCAUACAAACAACUGGCCUCAGAACUGGCCAACAACUAAAAAGCUGGUACGAGCAAAUGAAAAAAAUUGCAAAACAACACAAAUCUGAAGACAAGAUGAAUUUGUUGCAAACGGGGCGGCGGGAUAUCUAUUCCUCGAACCACCACAUUCGAUGAAAAAGUUUUAAUCCUUUUAAAAGACAAUUACUUCACAAUACCAAAUAAAUUUGACAGCAACAACUAUGUUACCAAACCAGAUGAAAGAAGAACCCCUAGAAAGCCCUCUGCUACUGGAAGUGGUGAUCAGGAGAAUAUGGAGGAAAGCAUAAAUUUAGUAUAUGAAGAUCACUUGACAAAGAUUGGAGAUGAUCAAACGCAGAUUCACCAUGAUGACAUGCAGAUUGAUGAUGAUCAAAUCAUUAACAACAUUAUUCCAGAUAUUUUGGAAGAAGGCAGUGUAAAUGAACCUCAAUUAGGAAGUGCAAGUGAAGCAGAGGAUAGUAAGUCAAAAAAAAGAAAAUUUAAUUCUGGAGCCCAAUAUCAUUCCAUAGACCCACUACAACAUAAGCCUUUCAGUGGUCCGAGACCAGAAAAAAUGGUUUCGAGUAAGCAAAGUAAAGUUAUAGACAUAAAUAACAAAAAAGCUGAAAUGUAUGGUUUAAAAAUUGAGGUAUUAAAGACAAUUUCAAAAACUGAACUGGAACAUUUAAAAGGAGCAAAACUAGAAAAUGACAUUAAAGAACUCAUUGAACAAAAGGAAAUAGUUAACCUCAAAAUGAAAAACAUUGAAUUAAAAAAAUAUGUCUCAUUAAGCUAGGAGUGGCUGCUGUACAGAAAUUGAAAGUUUUGUAUGAUAUCCGUAGUGAUAUUCAUGUGAUGAAUCUAUAAAGAAGGUUUUAAGGAAAAUGUUUAUUUUGUAAAGAUUUUGCAUAUAUUAAUGUGAUGAUUCAGCCGG